UGAAAAUGACGAUGAAAUCAAGAAUCAAUUACAACAAAUUGACACUGAACAGCUGGGAAAAACAAUAUUGGAUGAUUUAUUAACUCUCUUCAAAUAUAAUGAGAACGAUAAAGAAUAUUUAGAGAAACUUAUUACAAUCAAAUCUCUUAUUUCUUUUAGUAAAAUACAAUUUUUUCAGAGUUUACGAGAUAUACGAUAUAAAAAAAUUCUAGGCUUUAUUUUCCACUUUGGCAUCAAUAUUGACAAAGAUUAUGAUCAAGCCUUGCAAUAUUAUCAACAAUCAGCAGCUCACAGAGAUGCUGUAGCACAAUAUUUAAUUGGAAAAUUAUACAAUGAUGAGG